AUGUCGAACGUAUCCCUCUUUCACGAUAUUCUAUCGUCGACGCUGAAGACCAACGUACCAUAUCAAUGGCCGGAAUUAUGUUUGAACCUACCCGACAAAUACGAAGAACAAACCGAUUUCCGAUACUUCAACGUCUGUACCAUUUACCCCGACGUUGUGCAGGGUCUAAGCAAUGGCGCCUUUGACUCCAACCGGACAUUUAUUGAUGAACUCUCAAAUUAUCGAAUACAAGCCAUACAAAAUGUCCCGACAAUCAGCAUAGAUAUCACAGGGCAAACAGUCGACUUCCUAGCAAGAACAUGCGACAGAAUAGGUUGCAAUAAUGAUUACAGCGCUCAGAACAACGUUAGGUGCGAUGGAUCGCUUAUGCGAUCGCAAAACGGACAAAAUUUAGUAUUAGAGGAAGUCAAUUCGUGCAUGGCUGCGAUAUGCAAAAACCUAGAACCAUACGUCAAGGACGACCCUGAUAUUGGUGGUGUCGGUGUAUGUCUACCUUUCUUGCGCUUCAAUGACGCGAGACAGCAACAAAGCGGGCUUUACACUGACAUAACACUUCACAUGCAGGUUUUUAUUUCAUAUAUCCUUCAAAUACUGCUAGUUCUAAUGAUGACAAUAUACGUGCUCUUUAAAUUUAUACUUCAUGAGCGGCGAGUCGUUCCAGACGACAUGCAUAGCCCAUUUGAUGGGUCGAUAGCAUUUCCGGAGUCUUUAAAAGAAUUCCAAAAGCUACAGAGCUGGUUCAUCGGCUCCCUCGUGAUCGCAGCCUUUAUUCGACAAACCCAAGCAAUAACAAGUAUCUCAGUCACAGACUUCCUAUUCCUGGGUGGAAUAUCGCUUAACGGUGUCGUGCUCAUCUGUUACAUGAACGCUGCUCUUCUACUCCUCGGUCGAAAGUCCUGGUAUGUCUACAUACUAUCGUGUGUCACUUUCUUCCUGUGCUCGGCUUUUCUACUGUACGCCAACUGGAUGCGAGGAGUACGAAUAGACAAUGUUCUACCAGCGCUAUCAUUUUGCAGGGGGCAGCUUUCCGCAGCAGUCGAAUCUUCGAAUCAAAUAACCGAAUGGGUCAUCCUUGUAUCGAAGGUUCCGCGAUCUACAAUAUAUAUCGCAUGGGGUUUCUGUCUGUUGGUGCAAAUAGCCUGUAUCUUUUGGAUGCUUGAGGGCGAGAAGAAGUUAUCUCGUGGGUUUAGAGAUUGGAUUGCCACUACUAUCGGACAGAUUUUCUUGUGGCUUUUCAUCUUGGCUGCCGUACUUUGCUUCCUCGCCAUUUUCGCAUUGCAGGUCACCAUGCUAUACAACUUUUGGGGAAUUGUUGACCCUUCACAGUGGAGCUUCGGCCAGAUAAUUGCUGUCACUAUCUGGCUUCCUAUAAUUAUCGACUAUAUUCAUGGUCGGUUUAAAGAAAAACAGGGAUACCUGGCAAACGGUGGUAGGUAUGAAAAGGAUGAAGAAGCCGGCUAUGCUGUUAUUAUGAUAGAUCCUGCACCAGGCACUGGCGGCUCAGCGCUUACUAGAGGUACCGGUGGUUCUGGCGGUUCUGGCGGUUCUGGCGGUUCUGGCGGUUCUGGUGGUUCUGGUGGCUCAGGAAGUUCGGGAGCAACCGCUGUAUAUGUUCCUCAACCCCAUCAGAGAACCUUCAACUCUCACGACCAAGCGCACAGCGAUUCGAGUAGUACCAUCUACAGCCACCCCCAACGCCAUAGCAUGUUAUCGAAUUAUAGCUUCCCCCCACCUCAAAUACACAUUGACACACACGGUGGCCCACCAACAAUAUCCCCAACGAUAGUGACACAAUCACAUUUUGGUUCACCUCUAUUGCCUAGUAUCCCUUCUUCUCCAUUGUUCUCAAUGCAAGGGGUUCCGGGGCCAGGUACUACGCCUCCAGGGAUGACAUCGUUAUGGAACAGGGGCGGCGUCCCACAUGACAGUCGGACGUUUGCGCCGACACCCCUUAGCCAGGAACGUUCGAACAUCGAUCACGAUCAGUCAUCUAGGGCGAGGGAUUCAGGGACAACAGAGUUUACGCUAAGUACUAGGACCUUCGGCAUAUAG